AUGCAGGAGAUUCCAAUUCUGGUGGUGUUGAUGUACCAGCUCUUUAAGCAGCAAAUACACGAUCAGGUUUCGGAGUUCAUUCCUCUCAUCAUGGAGUUCAUUAACAUGAAACCUCUUUCUGAACCCAGCCAGGAUCCAAGUACCAGGAAAGGCAAAUUUAUUGAUUUUAUGGCAGCCCAAGUGAAAACGCUUUCAUUUCUCGCAUACGUCAUUAAAAUUUACCAGGAAUUAGUGGAGCAGCAUUCUUCGGCGCUGGUUAAGGGCAUGAUGAAUCUUCUGGUCACUUGCCCGCCAUCAGUAACAAAUAUGCGCAAAGAAUUUUUUAUCGCAACUCGUCAUAUUUUAAGUACACAAGAAAUACGGCCAAAAUUUCUCAGUGUGCUUGACGAUUUGAUGAACGAAGAUACAUUAAUUGGGCAAGGAUUUACCGUCCGAGAUGCUCUAAGACCCCUCGCUUACAGUACUUUGGCGGACCUGACGCAUCAUCUGCGAAGUGAACUCAGCCUCACUAAAAUGGCCCGUGCAACAGACCUGUUCGGAAGAAACAUGUUUGAUGACAGCCUGCCAUUCUCAAUCCAGCAGAUGAGUCUGAGGUUACUUCUUAAUCUUGCUGAAUGCAUACGUCUACGUGUCACGGCUUCAGCGACGUCGGAUGCGGCACGGAAACCCAUUAACGCUCCUGCCGCCCGCCGUCUUCUGCUGCAGAUUAUGCGCUUGUGUGUACUCAAGUGCCAGCUCGUCGCGGAGCACUACCUCCCUGAGAUAGAGUCAAGAUGUCUGAAAGAGGAAACUGAAAACCCAGUUGAUCAGAAACCUCUGGCAUCAGAGGAUGUUGAGAGCGAGGGCGCUACUACCAGUACAUGUGUCGGCGCAGGUUCAACUGGUAGGCAUGACCCAUUUUUAACCUCUGAAGCUUUGACACAAGGACACUUGAGUUUUGGUGACCUUAGAGCCCUAACAAAGGCGUUGGCGACAGGUAUGCGUGCUGUGGUCACGAGUUUGACGCAAUGUCCCCAUUGGAGUGCCACGGAAGACGACUCUUACCUCGUGGGAGAGCCCCAGAAUUCUGCUUCUGUGCCUCUGUCUAAGCAACUUCUCCCCACAGAGACGCUCGUGUUGACAGAUUACCUUACUUACGGAUUGCGAAUGAUCGACGUCUUACGAAUUAUCUCGAAAGACGGACAACUCUAUCUUCGGGGUCCCCAUUCUGGCGCCAAGUACCCGGAUGAAAGAUUUUUACUUGAAACCUUGGCAAUGACAUUUGUUCCGAUAAGUUCUGCGUCGUUUCGUGAAAUCUUUUCAGUCAAAAUCGAGUACAUUGUUGAUUGGUGUCGCAAAAGCCCUCUAUUCUACGCGCACUUCGCCUUUCAUCUUCUGUCUCAGUCGAGCCAGACGUCUAACUUUGGGCACAUUUUGCUCUCCUUUCUCGUUGAUCGACUGGAAAAACUUGGUGACGGAACUGAUGUCUCCUUCACCUAUAUGCGCCUUCUGAAGUUCUGUUUCAACUCUGUCAAUAUGCCCGGCACCGAUAACGAGCAUGUGAUGAAGCUACACCUUCGUCGUAUAGUACAAGGAAGCAUGCAGUACUGCCUGGAGGCGCGCGAGCCAACAGCAUACCUGACACUUCUGCGAACUCUUUUCCGGUCUAUUGGUGGAGGGGCGCACGACAAGCUCUAUCGUGAAUUCUUUCCUCUUUUGCCCGAAAUGUUGACCACUCUGAAUCGUCUCCUGCGCUCAGCUCAUCGGACUUAUGCUCGUGACCUCCUUGGCGAGCUCUGCGUCAUCGUGCCCGUUCGCCUCUCCACCCUCUUGCCCUAUCUUUCCCUACUCAUGGAACCGCUUAUUUAUGUUCUCAACUGCAACACCGUAAACCAGGGCCUGCGAACUCUUGAGCUGUGUGUUGAUAACAUGCAACCCGACUUUCUUUACGAGCAUCUCUAUCCAGUACGCGGUGAUAUGCUGCUAGCACUCUACACGUCUCUCCAUUCCCAAAGUGAAUACGUUCAAAAAAUGGCAUUUAAGGUACUUGGCAAACUCGGUCGCUACAAUCGAGCUGACAUUUCCGAUGUUCAGCGCCUAAACUUGAGCAUAGGUUGCGGUGAACCCGGUCCCCUCCUUCGAUUUUGGCUGCACGAGUUCCCACAGAGUCCUGUUGACCUGCCCAUUCGCAGUCUUGUCGACGUCUGCGUAGAAGCCAUACAAGAUACUUCAAUGGAUCCUUUGAAUAGGCUACGCGCGUGGGAGUUUCUUCGAGGCAUCUGUUUCUCCGCUCUCAACUUCCACACAUAUACAAAGACCACUGGUGGAUCUUCGUCGUUUACCUUCGUCGAUAGCCUUCCAACAUUCCCCCUCCAACAACUUUUUGAGCAAGUUCGUCAGCUUGAGUCAACCGGCCCAGCCAACUUUAACGGCAAACCCAGCAUACAUCACCAGGUAAUGGUUCGGGUAAUCGGUGGAAUCUUCUUAACAACUUUGGCGCCGUAUGCUUGUUCUAAUUUGGAGGGGACUCUUGAGUCAAGGCUUUUGAUUGACGCCAUCUGCUUUGUAAUGGGCCACGAAGACAAGGAAUUCGUGCAGAUAGGAUACAUUCUCCUUGAUGAGGUUAUUUUUACUGCCACUGCGACUCUGGAGGCCGUCUUAAAUGAAAUUAAAACCCCCUGCAGCAGUGCUCUUGAUGUCCUUGUUCGUCUUCCCUUAAUGCAGUAUCUUUCAAAAGCCAUCACAGAUAUGCUCUAUCAUCCUUCCUGGUUCGUCAAAUGGGGUGGGUGUUGCAUGCUACUGCGUCUCAGACACCGCCUCCCGACAACAUGGUUCAAGGAAUAUCUCCUUGGGUUUUUACGCGGUCUGAUCCAUUGUUUCCACGACCUAGCUAAUCAAAUGGGUCAGGGUGCACUAUCGCUGGCUCGAGAGUGCGCUACAAGCCUUGUAGAAUUCGUAUUUUCGGCGGAGGCCAUCCUCCUGCAAGCCAUGGUGGCGACAAAUAAGGAAGAAUCCUCCACUCAAUCCCGGGAAUCCAGCAAGCGAACGGUGACCAGCCGUCGAAGAGCUGCGGCCACGACCAAACGCGGCACAAACCCAGCUAAACGAAAAAGUGCGUCGUCAAAGGGCGAUUGUGAGUCGCCAGGUGAUGAUUCGCCCGAAGAAGCAGAUACCUCUGACGCUACUGCUUCAUCUUCAGCCUUAACUGAGACACCAUUGAUGAAGGCGGUGCUUCCUGAACUUGUCGAGGCGUUAUUAAGCGAAACCAAAGUCGUGCGAGAGCAAGCGCGUUCUCUACUACGCCUUGUUUCCGAAUGCCUCUCGCUACCACUUGGCACCAUUUUGAAACCGUACCUCCCUCUUAUUGAUGCUUGGUUGCCUCCGAAAAACCGCCUUAAUCGGCUGACCAGUCUGCCGCUGUCCACACAAAUUGCAGUGCUUGAAACUAACUACUUCUUAUGUCGAGAGGGUCCGGAAUUGCUGCAGUAUUGUCCAGCAACCCGCCGCUGUGAUAAUCGCUUUCUUUUUGACCUGCGUGCAAUUAUGGAUGCUCCUCUUCCUGCAGCCUCAACGACAGGUCAACCAUCUAUUAUACGGGGUAAUUCGGCCCCACACCAAACUCUCUUGUCGUCCUUACAAUUGCAACAGGCAAUCGACCUAAAGGUUACAGCGUGUCAAGUUCUGUCGACCACACAUUAUUUAGAGGGCCAGAAAUCGGCUACCCUUGCAGCACUCUUCAAAGGCAUGUGUUGUGAUUCUUCGGCUGUGCACAAACCAGCAUUUGAUAGUACAAUGGAGUUUGUAAAGCACACUACCGUGGACGUUGAACUGCGGCACACCUACGUGAAACCCAUUCUGCAGAACCUCCGUCAGCCAGCCAGUGUGCGUCUGGCGACCGUUCGUCAAUUGGCCUACUGCGCAGAGCUGUUCCCUAGCACUUUUAGCGAACGCUUUUGCGAGACAAUUCAGGCUAUUCAGACGAGUGUGGCGAGUGUAAGCAGUCCCGACACCUUGCUGAAGUCGGUUGAAUUACUCAGUGCUCUGAUUGAUUUGUUUCACUUGAUUCCAUUGGCUGGAGAGAAGUACGUAAAGGUGUUGAUGAACUUGGUGAUCCGCGUUGAACAGACCCUCAAUGCCGAGCAAACCAGUCAGCUGCGCUUGCCGUUGCUGCGAUUCCUUGUCCGCUACCCUGAGGAGACCUUCCGUCAGUUGCUUACCGGAUUCACUCGCCCGCACGAUGGUCAUGCUCAUCGACUCAUCCUAAGGGCGUCGCGCGAACGUCGAUGGCUGAAAGCGGAGUACAUGAUGACGUUACCCGAAAGUAAGCCGUUGGCAGAUUAUCUAAUUGCAAACACUUCAAUCCUAACGGACCUACUGCGGCUGAAUGAGAAGGAUCCGGAUAGUGUUUAUCACCAGACGCCGUUUCGGUUGCCGCGGUCAAAAGGACCAUUAAUGCAGGCCUCCCCCUCACACCUGGCCCUGCGUCUUCUUCACAGCCUGCACAUUCAACGUCCCGGCUGGCUGGCAUCAACCCUCUCGUCUAGCACUGACGACGAAAGUAUCCUGACGUCUUGUGACUCCCCGGUAGUGCAGACUCUCCUGAACUAUUGGGGCUCCGCCAGCUUUGUGGAGCGUCAUUCGAGCCUGACGCUCAUUCAGCUGCAACAGCUCCAGCCAAGCGUCGAUCUCGAGCUCUUGCUGGACGACCCUAGCGAGAGUGGAAGAAAAAGCUUUGCAAUCAAUCAGCACUCGACACCCGCGUCGGCUGAAGCCGCAACCAACCAGGCCAUGGCGGGCGUCAAGGUCGCGUCUGGGUUGAUGGAAUUCGCUCAUUGGGAUGAGCCCUCACUGAUACUCGACUGCCUGAUAGCCUGUGCAGAGGUCCGGCCCGAGGACUUUGACCUGCUCUUUUACGUCGUUGGUGGGAUGUCGCGUCUUCGAUGUGUUGGCUACAACUCGCUUAACCAAUACCUUCAACGUCUAGUUCUCCACUCUCCCAUAUCCUGGCACCGCGCUCUCUUUCUUCAUUUCAUCAAAGUUAUUAGUCGACGCAGCGAGAUUAAUGUUGCUUCUAGUGGCAGCAGCAGCAGCAGCAAGACUGGAAGCAAAAAAAAGCAGGUCCUUUCUGACACCUCCACGGAUUCUGGUCCAAUGCUGUCGCUACAACAAUACCUCAACACACCCGAAUCACAAUUUAAAUUGCUUUCCCAGCUUAUCCUGCCUUGUGUUCAACAGGCUCUUGAAAAGUCCCCGGCUGAAUUUGUUUCCUUGCGGAAUGCAGCCAAUGCAGAUGUGCCUAGUGAAGAUGAUCUGGUGCAUCUAUUCGUGGAUGUGCUGCUCAGCGACGAAGCUGCCAAAAAUUGCACCGGUCUGCGGAUCAUGUACUACCAACUCGCAAGUCUGUUUGUGUACUAUGCUCCAGAAUACGUUCAAGACAGUACUGUAAAGACUCAAAGCUACCGCUUGCGUGCAAUCACUGCUUUCGCGUGGCCCUGCGUCACGAGCAAUUUGAAUGUUGUCGACCUCCAGGAGAAGUACACUGGCCUGCAAGUCCUGGCGCACCUCAUUGCACGCUUCAAUCAAAUCAUGGGCAAGGCCACGCUGCAAGUCUUCCAUUGCCUCGCGAAGGGCACUCACACCGAGGUUAAGAAGAUUGUCAACCCCGCACUCGACAUUCUGCUUCCAGCAUGGGUUACUGGACCUGAAGAACAGAAAGUGCUUGCGGCCUCUACAAGAAAAAUACUAACUGAAGAUCAUGGAACCCAGUCGUGUAUUCACCUGUUGAGCCUGAUUGUAAGGCACGCAGACCUCUUCUAUCCCGUGCGACAAAGUAUCUUAAACCUCAUCAUCAUCGUCAUUUCUCGUUUAUCGUCGCAACAGCUCCCGAUUGAUCAACGGAGGCUGAUUUUGGAUGUGAUCGAAGUUAUCGUCCGUUGGGACCAGAGGAGCGGAUCCGAACAAGCACUCGUAAACCCAUUGCAGAGUGUAGAUUCACCAGUUCUACACGCCGAACCGACCGCAUCAGACGAAGCCCCUCCCCUACAGCCUUUAUCCUCAUCCGAUCAUCAAAUUAUCAUGCCUAUUGACAAGGGCCAACGAGAUCAGCUAACAAACACGAUGAUUCGUUUCGCUUGCCAGUCAAUAGACGCAACCCAGAACGGCAUUUCGUCAGAGGCCUCAGCAAGAAAGGCACUUAGCCAAGUGGAAUUCACCUUGAGCUCGGAUGUGUGGGGCGGAGGGAACUGUGACCUCCGGUUGACCUUCAUUGACCGACUUCUUUGCCCCGAUGAGGCGUCUUGUCAGUCCGGCGGAGCCCAGCAGCAGAAUCAGAAUCAGCCACACACUAUCGGUGCUCUGCAGUCUUCGGGUAUUUUCAUGACCCUCGAGGUUCUUCGUGUAGUCUACUCCACCUUGGAAAGCCCGACACUUCUCGCCAAUGUAAAAUGCUUCAGCAAGUCCCUAACGAACCUGUUCACCCGCUACCCAAUGAAUGUUCGACUCAUUCGAGCCUGUGCUAGUUUCGUAAAAGCCUUGUUGACUAAAUUUCCUGCGGACUUGUCGAGUCGACAAAAAAUCACAAGUUUCCCUGAACUCUAUGAGCUGUACGACGUCGUUCUCAAGUUCAUUCAGGAAUCCUUCACUCUCUUUGGAGAGGGCACAAACAAGGCGGCGUUUGUGUCACGCCUCCAGUCGGCCUUUUGUCUGCUCACAACAACUCAGCAGGUGCCGAUAAAUCCCUACUCCUUCGUCGAUCGCUGCCUCACUCAAUUAAUGAAACUGUUUCAUCGACUUAUCCACGAUGUCACAAGCCCCGUUGCCAAUGGUUCUCCACAAGAUAAUGCUUCCACGAAUCAACUCACUGAGUUGUUAAUCCAGGGCCUCGAUAUAUUCAAAUCGCGUCUUAAUGUGGUCAACACGGAAACCCGAAAGAGCGCAUUCGGACCCGACCUCAUGCACAUCCUGGAUCGAUCGAAGGACCCCAAGUUGUUCCGUGCUGUUGUGCGCACCCUUCGCGACUGGGUCAACGUGCCCAAGGCCGAAGAGCACUUUGCACCCACCACACGUGAAAAGGUCGCCUUCUUCGUCCGCCUCUGGGCCGCCUAUCCCCGAUGGGUUGAACAACCCGAAGUCGCACGAGACAUUCUCGAAUGUCUUUAUCAGGUAUUUUCAAACAUUUCUCAAAAGACGCAUGACAUAUUCGUAAAAAUGGAACAGGCAUUUUGUUGUGGCCUCCUGAGCCCACUUCCCGAUGUGCGGGAAAAGUACAUCGACUUGUUCUUGACCGGCUCCGACAUCACUGCGACGCCCUUCCUCGUCGACAGGCCGGUAAAUGAGAAUAAAAGCGAGCCCGCUGCCGCUCUUUCUGCACCCCCCACCAAAAGCAACCUACUCACCCGCCUCCUCUUCUUGCUCACGUCAAAUUCUUGGGACGAGGCCCACUUUAAGGAUGGAUUUUGGCUUCCCGUUUUCUUCGACGUCAUAUUGUGCGAUGCCGACCUAACCAGGCCCGGGAUCAUCGCUCAGGCCGAGGCGAGAUUCGCCUCGUUGGUUGCCACGAGGAAUGACCAAUCUAGUUCCGUGUCAGUAUCAGCUGCUCCAAGUGAUCCCUUCGAAACAGGCGACGUGGAGAUGUUGAAAUUGAAGCCAGAUAGCGAAGGUUCAUCGUCACUUAUGGAAACUCAAGGCCAAACUUCUAAAUCAACUUUUCAGCGCCUAAUGGAACAGCAGGCAGCCGCGUUUAUUCAACUCAAAUCGAUCUCGUUCCGGGACACUUUACGUGGCUUCCUCAGCCUGGUGCACCUUCGCCCUGCCAUUGCAUCCGAAAUGUUCGGCCAACUUUGGCACUGUCUGUGGCAUCGUUUCCUGCUUCGAGAAUCGGAGAAUUUUACGAGUCUAGUAGGCCCUGGUGUCCUUACUGAUCCUCAAGUGCCUCAUUUGACGGAGGACCCGGUAAAUCCGCCUGCCCCCUCGACUGAGGCUUCAUCAUCGCUUGAGGCCUCACAAAAGCCUUCACCGUUAGCGGCUACUGCAGGCACCGUCAGCGGAGAGGGCACUCCGAAAUUGUCUCCUCGUGAACUACGAGGUUUUCUUCUGUCCCAAAUAAAUCGGUUCAUUACAUCGGAUGACCAUGUCAACCCCAACGAAUGCAUUCCCAGUCCACUGGGCUGUUUUGUAGCGGGCCUCGCGACUACUAAGGAUUCGCUUUUGUUGUCACUGCCCCUCCCUGUGUUAUCGUACGUAGGGUACAAUCACAACCAGUGGUAUACAAUGGCCCUCGUGUUGGAGUUUCUUUGCGCCCGUGGGCAGCAAGUAUCGCUGUUAAAGGGCCACAACUCUCCCGUGGACAACGACCUAACUUACUCUCUGGAGCCUGCUGUUGACGGCAGCGGGGAUGCAUCGGAAGCGCCGGGGAGCGUUCCUCUGGGCACGGCGGCACUCUCACUGAUUGCCCUUUAUGACGCAAUGGCAGAAGGGGACCACUUUGUCUCCGCGUGGUGGCAUCGUCUCAGCUCUAAUUGUGCCGGCUCUCACCGUUUGAAGAAUCAAUUAAACCCUCCAGGCCCACGGCUUUCGCCAGAACGAUCAUCCGAUUUCCUGACCGCGUUGACAGCAUUUUCUCAGGGCGGGCUAACCAAGGGUCUGGAGACUGCCCUGGGUCUUCUAAGUAGCCGAUCGGCCACCUGCGAUGCCCUGCCUGCCUACCCUGCCGCCUCCAAUGUUGAUUCAUCCAGUCUUGCUCUAUUCAGCGAUCAAAUAAAUAAAACACGGUUAAAUGAAUAUUGCAUCAGGGCUCUGAAACAGAUGGGUCAGUGGGACAACUUGGAGACACUGGCGUCGGUCGGCGUCGCACAGAAUCCUGGCACGAGUGUGCCUUCAACGGUGAGUGCUGCAGCCACCGGCUGUUCGCCAUUUUGGGGUCUUCGUGUUGAUGCUGCGUGGCGCCACCGAGACUGGUCUGAGGUGUUCUCCGGUCUUUCUGCGGCGUCGGCGUGUGUUGCGGGGCGUCGCGCUGGCUCCGGCGACUAUGACUCCUUCGUGGGCGGGGCCGGCGGUCAGUCUGCCUCGGGUGGGCCUCCAACGAGCUCGGGGACAAUUAGCAGUGGCGACACCAACUCCGGAGGCAACGCAAUGCAGCCUGGUCUUCUGCAAAUCAUCGAGUCCGAAAGCCAUCGUGUGAUGUGCUGCAUCCUGUCUGAAUGGCGUCGACUUCCGCAUAUUAUCUCAAAUCAGCAUAUCCGACUACUGCAGGCCUGUCAGCAGGCAAUCGAGAUUAACGAGGGCAACAUUCUCCUGAUGCAACACUGCGCUCAUUCUCUAACCACCGGGGGUAGCACCAGCAGCACCCCGAGUGGCUCUGCUGGGAGAUCAUCCAUGACUCCGACUAUGUACGACUACAAAACCGUCUUUAGAUCGUGGCAGGGACGUCCACCUCUUAUUUCCGACGAUUUGUGCUUCUGGAACGACUUACUCACCUGGCGUCAAAUUGUCCUCGAAAAAAUCAUCAACAACAGCGCUUACUCACACAAGUUUACCCAGGAACGAAACAAUUUGCUCGGGAUGUGUCAUCGUGAGCGCUCGCUCACGCUUGUUCAGAUGGUCAAAGGUUACCGAAAGUGCGGACUCUCAAAUCUCGCCCAAAAGCGUCUUGACGCUUACUCACACGGCAAUUUGCCACCGAUGUUUGAGAAGACCAAACAAGAAAUCAAACUCAAGAUUGCUGACUCCCGAAAAGAGGAAUUACUAGAGGCAAGUUGCUGGUCCUUUUCGGCAAUUCCCUUUGGCCUUGAGUUGAUGGAAAAAACUAACAUUCAACAAUACGAGAAAAAGGACAAGGCAAAGUUCUUCUGCUAUAAAGCCGUAUUCUUCUCGCAUUUCAACAAGGGCGACGAGGCCACAAAGAACUUCGGCUAUGCCACACAGAUGCAGGAUAAUCUGCACAAAGCUUGGUCGGUGUUCGGGGAUUUCCUCGAAAACGUCUACUCCAGCAAUCGCACUGCAAAACGUGAAACGGCUGUAUCGUCAACGGGCGUUUUCGCCAUGCAGGCGUUAAUGGAAGCGGCAACCGUAGCUGGCACAUCUCAGCGUACGUCCCAUCCAGACCUUGCCAGGAGUAUCUGGUUGCUUACACUCGAUGACGCCGGUGAUUUUCAUGGUAGUCCUGCAGGCACCCCCUCAGCUACCGCUGCUAAUACGUCACCUACCACGAGUUCCGUGUCCACCAUUGCCUCCGGCUCACAGUCCCAGCGCCUCGCCCGAAUGUUCGAGGAACGCGCGUCACGCGUCCAUCCUGAUGCCUUCCUGCCCUGGCUGCCCAGCCUCUCGACAUGUCUCCUACGUCCAGAGGGUCGUUUUGUCGCCAGCGCCCUACGUGGAAUCGCUCUUGCUUAUCCCACUGCACUGGCCUCAGUUUUGCGUGGUCUCCAGCAUCAGCUAGCCACGGAGGUUGAUCGGGACCGUCGAAUUUCCGCCGCUUUGACCGAACUCAGCCCUGAUCAGCGGCGCCGCCUCGAUGAAGCAUACGGCCAUUGUUUGGACCUCGCGCGUGAUGAGUCGCGUAAGAGGGCUGCGUCUUCUGUUACGACGGGUCCUGUAGAUCACGCACAACUUCAGGCCUCAGUAAGUGCUGGCGCGGCUGCCAAGCGGACAAAGAAACGCGUUGUUGUUGUAAUGCGUGGAGCUGAGGGUGAAAAGUUGGGUGAGACAACAAGUUGUCAGCCUUCAGAAAGCAUAAGAGAGGCACCGUCUAGCGAUCUGCAGGAUUUGGAGUUGGAUGACGACGAUCCGGAUGCCGUGAACCCCACAACUGCCGAGGAAUCACCUGUGGGUGAUUUCGAGUAUGUAGGCGGUGUACACACGAGCUACAUGUCGCCAUCCGUAGGUGAGGGACUUCACAGAGUUAACCUCCUGUUUGCGCAGUUGCGCCAGCGCCAUCCUGCUCGCUUGUACGUGUCUGAUCGGUUCGUCGAGUGCACUGCAGGUCGCCUUCUGCCCAGCUGGUCAGAAAACCUUCUCCUUCACCUGCGUAAGGUGUUGUCUCAGCUCCACAAACUUGUGUGGGCCCAGGUAUCGCAUUUAGUGCGUUCUCCAUCGUCCGCAGCUAGUCCAGUGCAAGCAACUCUGCAGAGUGUUACAUCCUUCAUCCUUCCAUCGUGGAUGUACAAAGAAUUGUUUGAUAUUAUAUCUCGUUGCGGACUGCCGCCUCCCAAUCCAGCUACUACUGAUGAUUUUGCGACGGAUGACUCAGAUAAUCGUCCCGCUUCAUCACUAUCAUUCUCAGAAAAUGCCCAAUUGGCUUACACAAUUCUGGCACGUGAGGCUGAUUCUGACCCUUGUUUCAAGCCUCUGAAAGAGAAGUUACUAGCUAUGAUUUCCAAUGCUGAGUCUAAAUCAGUAUUUGAGGUGAUUAUGCUACUUACUAACGAAUUGAUCCCCCUAGUCGAAAAACGAGUGGAGAUGCUUCCACACACCUUCUACUUGUCAGAUCGUGGUGCCGGCUUCCUGAUUGAGCUUAUCGCCGCAUCGAGUUGUCAAUCGCUUCAGGGGCCUCUUCCUCGCCUUUACCAGGGUAUUUCAACUUCCACCGGCACUGCGUCUGCAGCUGUUUCCUAUUCUUCGUCAGCUCUAAUUGAGUUGCCCGGCGAGGCGAUACGAUUAAAGACGGUUCCCGCACUGAACCCUCAGAAUAACUUUUAUAAUCACUCUAACCAUCAGCAGCUUAGUACCGCUAAUGAGGCACAACAGCCUCAUUUGCUCUACUUGGCGGACAUCAUCCCGACUGUUGUGCGUGUGCCGUCCGGUGGCGGUCGGAGGCUGGCCGUGAGAGCGAACAAUGGCCGAAUGUUUCACUACGACAUCCCGUGUCUACCGAGGGAGUUGCCAGCUGGUAGGGCUGUUUCUCUUGCUUCGACUGACUGCACUGAGGCGACUAGUCUGGCGCCCGCCUUGAUGGCCUAUGACGGAUGGCGAGAGACCUGGUGCCCUCCGCAUCUCUUCCAAGUACUCAACGACAUCGCUGCCAGGUGCCCUGAGACUGCGAAAAGACGUCUCCGUCUGGUCACUUCACGCACCCUCGACGUGGGCCCCUGCGGAAUGCGCAUCACUCAAGCUGGCACGUCGGCUCCGGCCGCGAGUGUUGUCGCCGCCAAUAGCAUAGCCUUUGGAAAUCCCACAGUGACUGGUGUUGGUUCUCUGUUGGCUCAACAGCUGCACUCCACAGCCGCGUCGUCGGCAGCCACCGGGCAGUUGCAGGCGGGUGGGCUUCCUUUCACUGUCCCCACCGGCCCCCCCAGUAUGCUGCCUCCGAAGCCUUCGCCUGACUUUGACGCUGCUUUCCCGCGGCCCGAUGCUUUUUCCGAGCAACAGCAACAACAACCACAGCAGUCAGAGAAACAUCCAGCCACGUCGAACCCUACGGUCUCGAAUGCGAACUGUUCAGGAUACGCUGGGAGUCGUGGCGUCGCCCUAGAGGUAGCUGGUCAGCCUGCUGGCCUUGACACCGGUUGCUAUGCCGCCUGUGUGACCUUGGCUGACGUGGUGGACGCUGCAGCACUUAAUGUUCCAUCGACAACACGCCCUCUUACCUCCAGACAACUAAUUGCUGCUUUCUUUGAUCGGCUCAGUGGCCUUGCCACCACUGACGUCAAGUUAUCUACUCUUAAAAGUUCAUUGGUGAAAAUUUUCGAAGAUCUUUUGCAGUUGGUACCCCAAGCCAGCAGCCUCAAUGUCCCGGCGCACUCGCCGCUGGGUUUUCUAAAUGACGAGUGUAACACUUCAGGUAGUGUGGUGCAAGUAUGGGCUUAUCGUCGAUUUGUUGACGCUGAGAGCUACUGGUUGUUUAGACACGGUGUGGCAUUGUGUUCCGGUUCUUUGGGCCUUGCAGAAAUUCUUUUUUCCAUGACUCCUCUGAGUGCGACCGGUGUCAUUUUGGAUCCUCGCGUGGGGCGAUUGGAGUCCCGAGGUCUCUGCUUUGACCUUCCAGCCACGCCAAACGCCACAAUAACUCCUCAAUUCCAUCAACAAAAAGAGCCUCGUCCAGUUGACCUUGUUUCAAAGUCUUCAACAGCAUUGGCGAGCAUUUUUGCGUCAAACUUCGCCCCUCUAGUGCAGCCUGCAGCUGCUCCACCUAAUCGUGCGUCUGUUGCACCGGCAGUCUGCUUGCCAUCGCGUCCUGCGCCUUUGCGCCUAACACCUCAGUUGGCCGCGCUCAUCUGUCAGCCUGGUGUUCCCGCCACAGUUGGACCGUUUGCCGCGGCAAUGUCGACAAUGAACCAAGCUGUGGUUCAGAGACGUGCGACCGUCAUUGCUUGUCUCCGUACGCUCCUCCGCGACGACUUCAUCCUCUGGCACCGUGGAAGGCAGGCUGCAGUGCACGCGAAUCUCCUAGCCGACCUUCUAGACAUUGACAAUGACGACGCAGCCAUGGGCACUUCUAAAUCACCUAUCAACGUUCCCGACCUGUCAAAUGAGUGUCUCGUGCAGAUGAUUGCUUUAUCGGUAGAAGGCUUCAGUCAUCGUAGUCGAGUUCUUUCUUCGAGUGACAAAACUCUAGGUGACGUUAUAAACGGGGCGUGUUCUCACGAGAAUCUCGCGCGUAUGGAUCCUUCGUGGCUUCCCUGGUUUUAA